CGCACGAAUCUGCAUAGGAACAAAUCAUCGGGGUGUUCGGAUUGUCCACCGACCUUGAUUCCGGCGGUGCAGCAGAUGACAUGGCAGAAGGCUAAGCCAUGCGGAACCUGGCUCUGGCUUUGGCCCUUUUGUCCUGCGUGCUCUACUGUCUCAAUGGCCCCUUGGAUGAUUCCAGGCCUUACAGCGGGAGGAGGGCUCUCAUGCCUCGCCGCUGCUGAACUUAUUGCUCUGCCAUUUGGGUGGUCUUGUGUUUCUACCUCACUUCGGGUUCACCAGCCAGGAGGCGCCCAAGACCAAGACGGCUUCGUUGCUUUUUGCAGCUCUCUUGAUGGGAUACAACUACGCGUGGCUCCUGAGUGCGACCUAUGUGGAUUUGCGCCUCACCAAUGCGGUUUUCCAGGUCUCCGUGGCCUUGGUCUACCUCUGCAGCGUGCAGCUCUUCGAUGAGGUGAUCUCCUUCGACCGUUCUCUGGGAGUGUUGCUGUCUCUACUAGGCUCGUUCAUGGCCAGUGGCGCCGUUUUCUCAGGCACCAGUCGAACCUCAGCACGCUCGACGCUCAUUGGGACCUUCUUGGCACUGCUGGCAGCCGUGGGGUACACGGCGUACCAGACGCUCUUCCGCUGGAGCUUCGGGCAUCUGAAGUCCCACGUCUCCUUCCUGGCCGGCUUCGGCGCUUGGGUCAGCCUUUGGCACUUGCUCUUGGGAUUUCCCUUGGUCUUCCUGGCACAUUUGUGUGGCAUCGAACACCUCCAGUGGCCUUCGUCGUGGAGUUUGUGGCUGGGCACUGGCUUUUCGGCCCUGGUGGCUGCUGUGGUGAACGCGCUCUACUUAUGCAUCGUGAUGUGGGGCUCUCCGAUGUUGCUCCCGAGCACCUCCGCCCUGUCGGUGCCCCUAACUGUCUUUCUGGACAUGGCCUUGCACGAGGCGCAGCCGGAGCGAGCGGAGCUGCUGGGGCAACUGCUGGUCUUGAUCUCCGUGGUGCUGAUCAUGCGUCUCCACGGUGGCUCCAUUCUGCCAACCAAGCGGACCGUGAUGAAGGCUGCGGAGCUGGUGUCCCUUUGAGCGACGGACGCCAUGCAUACGCCAGACUGGAGAGGACGCUUCUUUCGUUCAACGUGGCGGUUCAAGAGAACGAGGAACGGCAGGCCGUCGCCCACGCCCAUGCCCUUGCCGCCGCGGCCGACGCCAAACUCGCCGUGGACGGUCCAGGAACGGACCUCGGCCGCGGCUCCGCGGCUCCGCGCGAGACCCAAACGCGGAGUGGGGGAGCAGCAAAGGAGC